GGGGGAGUUGAGGAUGAGGAGGGGGUAAAUACAUGGGUGGAGAUAGAUGCCCAGAAAUAUUGUGGGUGGGCUGCGAAGAGCAAAUGUGGAGAGAUUUACUGGCCCAGAAUACAGCAAAACAGAGCCAAGACCUUAAUGGGUGGGGUGGCGGGAGGAGGAAAUGAGGAAUGUAGCAGUGUGGAAAUGACUGAGUCAAUGGGGCUUGAAGCCAGCCACCCUCAGAAAACAAAGCAAAGCGGCAGGGGAAUGUCUAGGUCCGUGUAGCAGCGGCUGAGCAAAAUACUGAAUGAGGUGCACCUGGUUAAGAGCAAGGGGUUAAAAGGGCACCCGACCAAUAGGGCAGGGGUCAGAUGUUGAAGAAUGGGAAGGCUGCAAGGAGCUGCCUGUGCUCAUAGGGUGCUCUAAGCCCACCUGAAGAUGCCCUCUAUCAUGGCCGACUGGGGUCUGCACGGCCUUCUCUCGCCACUCCUCCCUGACACUUCGUCUUGGCGCCCUCGGCCAGAGCCCACCAUAGCCGUGCUGGGCUCCCUGGCAUUGCUGUUUGUUUGGUACUGCUACCGUGUGGGGAGCGGGCAAACGGCCCCUGCCUCUCACCAGCAGGGCAUGCCCACGGAGGAGCGAUGCCCUCGCCGUGCCCUCGGGAGCGAUGCUGCCAACCAGCGCCUGUAUCGCAGCCUGCGAGACUACGCCAAGCGCUACUCAUGGUCAGGCAUGAACCGGCUGCACAAAGGCAUCCGAGACCAGGCCCAUUACCAGCUGGGCGAGCGCCUGGCGAUCCAGAAACCCAGCGCCUUCUACCUCCCGGACUUGCCUUCUGCCCCCUACUUCCCCCGUGAGUCCCAGCGCCACGAUGUGGAGAUCCUCGAACUCAGCUUCCCGGCCAUCUUGCGAGAGUUCGAGGGCAUCGCAUGGGACUUUGCGCCUGGAGCGCCAACCCCUCGGGGGUGGACGGCCAACGCCAACCCUGGCUGCCAUAGCUAUUACCUCUACCGGCAAGGGGAGUGCGUGGCACAGAACUGUCGCAGCUGCCCGUGGACAUACCGGGCACUCAGUGCGCUGCGCACCUUCAUCAAUGCCAACCGCUUUGGAAACGCUUGCUUCAGCGUCUUGCAGCCUGGAACUGUGCUGCCCGGGACCUACGGGCCAACCAACACCCGGGUGCGAUGCCAUUUAGGGCUGAAGGUACCUCCUGGCUGUGAGUUGGUGGUGGGGGGUGAGCCUCAGUGCUGGUCCGAAGGAUACUGCCUCCUAGUAGACGACUCCUUCCUGCAUACCACGGCUCACAAUGGUUCUCCCACUGAUGGCCCACGGGUGAUAUUUAUUGUUGAUCUCUGGCAUCCCAAUGUGGCAGGACCUGAGCGACAGGCGUUAGACUAUAUCUUUGCCCCUGGUCGGUAGGUUGCCUGCUCAGGAUCAGGCAUUGUAGCCAAGGGGGCGAGGAGAAACCCCAUAAUGCCACCAAUAGUGUUUGCUGCUCUUCACAAUCAUCAAAGCCUCCCACAAUAUUGCCUUGGAAUGGAAACUCUUUAUUUUACCAUUGUGCAGACUGAAU